AAUACAACCAUUGAAUUUGUGUAAUGAAAACGUUGUUGUAUUUUUCCUUAAGAAAGACAACAACUAAAUUGAUUUUUCCAAAUUAUUUACUCUCUUAGAAUAUGCAAGACAUUGUCCAAAACUCCCCAUUAUAUGACACACAAAAACAUUUCUGAAAUUUUAUCACUUACAUCCCUAGAUUGUACCGCACCAUGGAGGAGAUUACCAAGCACACCUUACAUGAACAAGAUAUUAUAGAGAAGAUGAUAUUAUCAAUACGAAAGAAAUUUGGAAGAAUUGUUCUUAGAGGUGCCUAUGAGGACAUAUUAGCAUUGUUCAAGAAAUUGAAGAAAAAAGAACCAAGUCCUCAACAUUAUUAUCAAGAGCAAUAUGAUCAAUAUUUUGAUGAUGAUGAUAUGAGUGAUCUUCUUCAUCUAAUACCUAUUAUGUCUAAUUCUACUUAUCAACCUUCAGCUCCUCCAAUUCCACCAGAUUCCGCAGAAUUAUUUGAAAAUUGUUCUUUUGAAGUACAUGAUUGUAAUGAACAAGUUGAUUUUGAAGGGAAGGGACUAGUGGACAAUGUUUAUGUUCCUUUGUUAGAAAAAGUUUGCAAUAUUCAUCCUUCAUUGCUGGAGUGUCAAAGGAAAAGGACUUAUAAGUAUUCAGGUUGGGCUUUGAAUGCACUUGGAAGGGUAUUGCACUUUUUGGAGACAACAAAAUUGGAAGAGAUGAAUGUGGAAGCAUGUGAGUGCCUUCAAAUGUUGUGGGAUGAAGUUCAAGUCUUUGGGUUUGAGUUGUCAUGGCUUGCACCCCAAGUAGAGUUUGCUUUGAAUAUGGAGAAAUUGAUGAGGGAAGUGGAGAAGCUUGAGGAGGAAAAGAAGAGCAUAUUCAUGAGGAUUCAAGAGUUAAGGAUGAAAUUUAAAGAGCAAUUAUAUUAUUUGUAUAUCUAAAAUUCAAUAGCGUGUAAAUAUUAGGGUUUAGGAUUUAAAGAACAAAAUUUAUUAAGUCUAGCUAUUAUUGUCAUAAGUUGUAAUGCUUCUUGUUUCAUUUUAGGAUUCAAACUCUUCUUUGUUUUUUCCUAUUAAAGGGUCUAGAGUUUUAAUAAUUACUCAAAAAACAAAAAGAAAGCAAAAUAUAAAUAAGUAUAAUAUAUAUGAUGCUUAACUCAUCAAACUUCGUCAUUCACUAUUAGAGAUUUUUUUUUUGGCCAUAAAAAUGUGAAAGCAUAUAUAUAUUCAAUUAUUAAUAUGUUGCUAUGUGUGGGA